AUGCAAUACCUUCAACCCUCCAGUCUAUACACCCAGUUAAUAGAUACAUUACCCACAUCCUUACCUUGGUCCUCGGGAAAUCCAGUGAAAGGAGAUCCUAGAAAGAGUGUCAAAUGGAUUGAUGGCCUUCGAGGAAUCGCUUCAUUCCUAGUAGUGUUAACCCAUCUCUCCCGAGGCUGGGACUAUGGUCUAUUCUCACCCCGCGAUAGCGAGGAUGCCAGUGCCCGAAUCCUCCAAUGGCCCAUCCUCCGCAUCCCAUGGCAAGGCCGUCUGGGUGUGACCAUUUUCGCCUUCUUAACCGGCUAUGUCUGUGCGCUCAAACCGCUUAAGCUAUCACGAGCAGGUGAUACAACAAGCGCAUUUGAGACUAUAGCAAAGAGCGCCUUUCGUCGACCGCCGCGACUGAUCUUCCCCGCCACUAUUGCCCUGGUGAUUUCGUGGGUCGUCGCCCAAUUUGGCGGAUUUAUCGUUGCGAAUAGAUCCGAUUGCCAGUGGUGUCGGUAUGCGGCGCCGGAUCUGGAGGAUUCCUUUUGGAAGGAACUUGUUCGUCUGCCGAUGAAUUUCUUAUCGACUUGGACCACGGGGUAUAUGGCAUACGAUGAUCACCAGUGGGCACUUUUGCCGCUGCUUUUGUCCUCUAUGUUGGUUUAUCUGGUGCUUUCUGCCACUAUGUUCGUCAAAUUUCGGUAUAGGGUUAUGAUCUAUAUUGGCAUGUUGUUGUAUUUCCAUCAGGAUGCUAGCAAGGAUACAGAAACCUUCCAAAUGCAAGCCAUCUUCGGCAUGCUCCUCAGUGACUUCUCCUACUACACGCCCCUCAGGGACUGGAUAGAAAACAACCCUCGAGGCCGGAAAAUGCUCUCGAUCCCGCUCACUACUGUCGGAUUGUUCUUUGCUUCAUACCCCGGCGAACAUCCCGAAUGGGCCGGUUGGUCUAAUGCGAUGCUCGAUGCAAGCCAGUACCUAUUCCCACCAGGCGUCAAUGUUGGCAAACGCUAUACCGCACUCGCAAUUGACAUGAUCAUCCUGGCGAUCUAUCUCUCCCCUUCGGCCAAAGACUUCCUCUCCAGCAGACUCCUUCUCUGGUUCGGGAAGCAGAGUUUCGCCGUCUACCUCAUCCACGGCACUAUGCUGCGCGUUGUGCUCUGCUGGAUGUUGUAUGGCAUCAGCGGUCAACCGUGGGUGGGUCCUGAGGCAGCGACUGAUGACCCGCGCGUGUGGUUGCCUAUCCGACCGCCGUGGGUCGUUGCUAUCAGUAUUCCGGUCUGGAUUGGACUUGUGUAUCUCGUUGCUGCGCUGUGGACGGCGUAUGUGGAUACAUUCUGUGCUUCUAUGACCCAGAGACUGGAGAAAGCUGUUUUUGUUGAGGAUGAGAAGACGCCGUUGCCUUUACCUGCUGUGUCAAUCCCUAUGCAGACGACUUGA